AUGUAUCAAAUAUGUUUUCUACUUCUGAUAUUUGGAACCAAAGACUCUCUGUCGCAGGACGAAGAGGGGCCAUAUCGUGGCAAAUUCAUCGGGAAACUCAACUCUUAUCACCAUCAGGUAUCAGGUGAUGUGUAUGCGGUUGAUGAGUGGACAUUAUUGCUUGUGAACUUCAACUAUGAUGGAACGGGAGAUGACACUUUCUUUUGGGCUGGAGAUUCUGGCCGGCCGGGACCACAAGGCUUCAUUGUACAAAAUGAACAUGGGAAAACAAAUAUUUUGGAACGUUACUACAAUGCUGAAGUGAUGCUAACUCUCCCAGAAGGCAAGCGCAUCUCACGGAUCAAGUGGUUGUCAAUCUAUGAUAUUGGCUCACAAAAUGCAUUUGCUGAUGUGUAUAUACCAGAUGAGUUUGAAGCCCCUUCAGCAAGGAGUGUUGGGCCCCUGGCCGGGUCAGGCUCUGUGUCCAGCAAGCCUGUGCAGUUCCUGGAUGCUAGUACACUACUUAUUCCGGAGUUCCGUUAUGAUGGGACAGGUGAAGAAGUUUACUUCUGGACCGGAGUAGGACCGCAACCAUCAUCGAGGGGCAUGAAGAUACCGGAUGAUUAUGGAUACCUGGAGCCACUCCGGGCGUACAAGGGCGAAGACGUACGGUUGGAGUUGCCGGGCGGCACCACGGUGUUCGACAUCAAGUGGGUGUCGGUGUGGGACCAGCGCACGCGCACCAGCCUCGCCAGCGUGCUCGUGCCCGACGCGCUCAACGUGCCGCCCGCCGACACGAAACACCACGACUAUGAGUCGAAGCUGCCGCACUGCAAGCAACUGCACCGCGACUACCAGGUCUCGUGGGAGGUGUUCGGCAACCAAAUCACCUUCGAACUAGCUGCACAUAUAUCCGAGGACGAAUACAUGGCGUUCGGCAUCUCGGGCAGCGAGACGAGCUCGUCCAUGCUGGGCGCGGACGUGGCCGUGGCGCAGUACGACGGCGCGCUGCAGCGUGGGCUCGCCACCGACUACAACAUCACCGCGCUCGCGCCGUGCGUGCAGGUGCUGGGCGCGUGGCGCGGCGUGUGUCGCGACGACCGCCUGGGCGCGCUCGACUCCAACCAGGUGUUCACCGCGCGCCGGGACGACGGGCUCACCGUCGUGUCCUACCGCAGGAACCUGCAGCCCAUGGAACCGAUCGACCGUGAAUGGGUGGUGGGGCGGCCCAUGUACGUGGUGUGGGCGGUGGGUCGGCUAGACCACGAACGCGAGCCCGCCUUCCACCGCCUCUACCCCAAGCGGGACGUCCGGCUCGACCUCGCCAAGGCCGACGACACCGGCGACUGCGUGCGCUUCUCCGUAGGCAACAGACCCGGCCUGACGUCGUGGGAUGUGGCGGAGCUGUUCGACCCGGCGCUGCGCGUCUUUCAGUUCCGCCUGGGGCCCUCCGGGGGCCCGCGGGGCCUCGCCGGCCGUGGGCCCGCCGCCGCCCCCGCGCUGGCCUGGUACGUCAACGGGCAACUCGCGCCCGACCUGCAACUGCGCCGGGGACUCACCUACAGCUUUAAGGUGUUCGGUGGCAACGAUCCUCAUUCGGCAAACGAGUACCACCCGUUGAUAGUGACUGCGGAGCCUGUCGGUGGGCUCGAACGCCUCGGUGAAACCGCGCAAAGAGCCGCGCGCGUACUUGCCGGCGUGCACUAUACGCGCCGUGGUCGCCUUACGCCCACAGCCGCGGGCGGGCUGUGCGUGGCGCGGCACGCGGCGGGCGCGGACCGACGGCGCGACGCGGACUACGCCACGUUCCGCGCGUUCAACCGCUCGCUGGACUGGCGCUGCGCCGCGGAGCCGCCCGCCGACCUGCGAGUGGCGCCCAACACCACGUGGCCCGACAUCGUCUACUACCACUCCUUCACGCACGCGGGCAUGGGCGGACGCAUCUACGUGGUGGACCGCCACAAGCGCAACAUCGGCCGGACGCGCCCCUCCGCCGCGCCCCCCUCGCCCCGCGCCGCCGCCGCCCCCGCCGCCCUCGCCGCCCUCCUCGCGCUGCUCCUUUACUUGUAA